AUGGGGUCUCUAAAGGAUGUUGAGGCCUCCCAUGAUGACCACAAGGAUGCCACGGCCGUGGAGAUGGAUGAUAUCCUCCAGGACCCCAAGGGCACUGCUGCCUUUGACGAGGCUGCCAUGGACAUGGAGCUCCAACAACUGGAGAACCAGUUGCAGGAAUUGAAGACGUCGCGCUUCGAGGUCUCCCUGUCCAACCCGGCCUACUUCACUUAUAUCUUAGUCGCAUUUGCCUCCAUGGGAGGUUUGCUCUCCGGCCUGGACCAGUCCUUGAUCAGUGGUGCCAACCUCUACAUGCCUGAUGACCUGCACUUGUCUGACUCGGACGCCAGCUUGGUUAAUGCCGGUAUGCCGCUGGGUGCCGUGGGAGGUGCGCUAAUCCUUUCUCCAGCCAACGAGUACUUGGGCCGUCGUAUGGCGAUUAUUGUAUCGUGCAUCCUCUACACCAUUGGUGCUGCCUUGGAGGCCGGUGCCGUCAACUUUGGCAUGAUGUUUGCGGGCCGUUUCAUUCUGGGUAUGGGUGUCGGUCUGGAGGGUGGUACCGUUCCGGUUUAUGUUGCUGAAUGUGUCCCAUCACGGAUCCGUGGUAACCUGGUCUCGCUGUAUCAGCUAAACAUUGCCUUGGGCGAGGUCCUUGGUUAUGCGGUUGCUGCCAUCUUCCUCGACGUCAAGGGCAACUGGCGCUAUAUUCUUGGCUCGUCCCUGGUCUUCUCAACCAUUCUUUUCGUCGGGAUGCUUUUCUUGCCCGAAAGUCCUCGUUUCUUGAUGCACAAGAACAGACCAGUGGAAGCAUAUGGCGUUUGGAAAAAGAUUCGUGGCUUCGAGGAUAUAGAUGCCAAGAGCGAGUUCCUCAGCAUGCGCCAGUCGGUGGAAUCGGAGAACGAGGAGCAGCAGAACACCAAGAAGUACGCCUGGAUGGACUUCUUUACUAACCCUCGAGCUCGCCGCGCCAUGGUCUACGCCAACAUCAUGAUUGUCCUCGGCCAGUUAACGGGUGUGAACGCCGUAAUGUACUACAUGGGUACUCUUAUGGAAAACAUUGGUUUCGAUAAACGUAACAGUGUCUUCAUGUCGCUAGUGGGUGGUGGUUCUUUGCUGAUCGGCACGAUCCCCGCGGUCAUGUACAUGGAGAAAUUCGGUCGGCGUUACUGGGCCAAUACCAUGCUGCCGUGUUUCUUUAUCGGUCUUGUUUUGGUUGGUGUGGGUUAUCAAAUCAAUCCCGAUCGGAACCCAGUGGCCGCCCAGGGUGUCUACCUCACCGGCAUCAUCCUCUACAUGGGUUUCUUUGGCUCGUACGCUUGUCUGACCUGGGUUAUCCCAUCUGAGGUGUUCCCCACCUACCUUCGUAGUUAUGGCAUGACUACUGCUGACGCCAACCUGUUCCUCUGCUCGUUCAUCGUCACAUACAACUUCACCGCCAUGAUGAAAUCUAUGACCCGUAUCGGUCUCACUCUGGCUUCUACGGUGUCUUUGGAAGAGAUCGACGAGUUGUUCUCUAAACCCACGUCAUACAUCGUCAAGGAGAACAUGAAGAGUACUGCGCAGGUCAUCCGGGAUCUCUCCCAUUUCCGGUUCAAGAAAGUGUUCAGUCCUUAG